AUGAUCAACCUGCUUCUCGUGGCCGCCAAUGUGUCCGCUGGAGAAGAAACAAUGGAUAGCGUCUCUCCCUUCGACGACCCUGCUUCGAAGAAAGACUUGGAACUUCGACGAAUACCAGAAGGAACGGCAACAACGGCUCGGAUUGGACUUCACGCAAACACCACCCUCGCACAGGGUAGAAGGAAGCUCUAUCAUCUCCACGUCAGCGAAGCAGGAGAGCCGUGCGAUAGGAACCCGUUGUGGGAAAAGCAGCCGAACCCAGCGAAUUAUAAGUUCGGUUGCCAAGAAAUCGAGAGAAUGUUGAGCGGAGAAAUGACUCUCAUCGGUACGGGCAGAGUGCGUACCGUGCACAUGGUUGAAUACGAGGGAGAGGCUGUGGUCGUCAAGACCCUCCAGCAUGUGGAGGAGCUACGAAGGCUGAAAGCGCACCUCGAAAUGCAUAGGGUAGAGUCUUUGACGCUCGAAGCGUUGCGGGGGCACCCAAACGUUGUGGGCAUGCUCGGCUUCUGCAAUACCACGGUGGUGACAGAGUACCACCCGGACAAUUUUCUGCACACCAUUUUCAGGAAGAAAGAGAAACUUUCUUUACGCCGCGUGGUUUCCUUGGCGCUCGACGUCGCCCAAGGGAUGCAGGCAUUGCAUGAGAUCGCCGGCGCGAUCCAUCUGGACAUGAAACCGCAACAGCUGCUCAUUGACGACGCUGGACGUGGGAAAGUUAACGACUUCAACAGUGUCCACCUCAUGAGCGCAGACGCUUCCGCAGAUGGAAAACAUUGCCCAAUACUCACAGGCAGGCCCGCUCGCCUAGUUCCGUGGAGGGCACCGGAAAAUAUAGCGGGAAAGCCCGUGACAGAAAAGGUUGACAUCUACGCCAUGGGAAUGAUCUACUAUUCACUGGUGUCUGGUGGAUUGCCCUUCCCCGAUGUGGAAACUUUCGACGAAGCGCGUGCGGCUCAUGAAAGGCCGGAAAUAGAUCCGUCGUGGCACAAGGGCUUCGUCGAGAUUAUUCAAGACAUGUGGCACGAAGACCCCGACGAAAGACCGUUUGCUAGACAAGUCGUCCAGCGCUUGCAGGCUCUACAGGAUGAGCUGCUUGUAUAA